AUGUCCGUGUCUGCUUCCAAGGCUAAGAGAGAGGCCAAAAGACUUGCCGCUGGUAAGAAGCCCAAGAAGGCAGUCAAGAGCGACGCUGAAUCUGCCGCAGAAGAGAUUGCCAAACUGAAGUUGCAACAAGACAAGGAUGGUUUGUCCGAUCGUGUCACCACUGGUGUUCUGGACUCUUUGGCCACCUCCAGAGAUAUCAAGAUUUCAUCCCUGUCGCUUUUGUUCCAUGGUAAAGUGUUGAUUCAAGAUUCCACCUUGGAGUUGAAUUACGGCCGUCGUUACGGUCUGCUUGGAGAGAACGGUUGUGGUAAAUCCACUUUGUUGAAGGCUAUUGCUGCCAGAGAAUUCCCAACUCCAGAUGCAAUUGACAUUUACUUGCUGAACGAGCCUGCUGAACCAACCGAGUAUUCUGCGUUGACAUACGUUGUCCGUGAGGCUGAGAACGAGCUGGCCAGAUUGGAGAAACAGGUCGAGGACAUCAUCGUUGAGGAUGGUCCCGAGUCUCCAGUCUUGGAACAAUUAUAUGAGAGAAUUGAUUCUAUGGACCCAGCCACGUUCGAAUCCAGAGCUGCCGUUAUCCUGACCGGUCUGGGUUUUAACUCCAAGACCAUCAAGAAGAUGACCAAGGACAUGUCUGGUGGAUGGAGAAUGCGUGUUGCUUUGGCAAAGGCUUUGUUCGUGAAGCCCACUCUGUUGUUGUUGGAUGACCCAACUGCCCAUUUGGAUCUGGAGGCCUGUGUUUGGCUGGAAGAGUACUUGAAGAAGUUUGAUCGUACCUUGGUUCUCGUUUCUCACUCCCAGGAUUUCUUGAACGGUGUUUGUACCAACAUGAUCGACAUGAGAAUGAAGAAGAUUCUGAUGUACGGUGGUAACUACGACUCGUAUGUCAAGACCAGAACCGAGCAGGAGACCAACCAAAUGAAGCAGUACCAAAAGCAACAGGAUGAAAUCGUCCACAUCAAGAAGUUCAUUGCUUCGGCCGGUACCUAUGCCAAUUUGGUCAGACAGGCCAAGUCGAGACAGAAGAUUCUUGACAAGAUGGAGGCUGAUGGUUUGAUCGAGGCUGUUGUUCCUGACAAAGUGUUCUCGUUCAACUUCCCAGAGGUCGAGAAGCUGCCUCCUCCAGUUUUGGCUUUUGACGACAUCUCGUUUGCCUACGAUGAAAAGAAGGAGAACAACCUGUACACCAACUUGUCGUUUGGUGUUGAUAUGGACUCGCGUGUUGCGUUGGUGGGACCUAACGGUGUGGGUAAGUCCACCCUGCUGAAGCUGAUGACCGGUGAAUUGACUCCACAAAGUGGAAGAGUGUCCAAACACACACACAUCAAGAUGGGUGUUUACUCGCAACACUCUGCUGACCAAUUGGAUCUCACCAAGACUCCACUCGAGUUUGUUCGUGACAAGUUCUCUCACAUCUCUCAGGACUUCCAAUACUGGAGAGGCCAGUUGGGCCGUUACGGUCUUACCGGUGAGGGUCAAACCUCCCAAAUGGCUACUCUUUCCGAAGGUCAGAGAUCCAGAGUUGUGUUUGCGCUUUUGGCUCUUGAGGCCCCUAACAUUCUGUUGCUGGAUGAGCCUACUAACGGUCUGGAUAUCCCAACCAUUGACUCGUUGGCUGACGCUAUCAACGCCUUUAACGGUGGUGUGUGUGUCGUUUCGCACGAUUUCCGUCUUUUGGACAAGAUUGCGAAGGACAUCUUCGUGGUUGAGAACCAAACUGCCACCAAGUGGGAGGGUUCUAUCUUGGACUACAAGAAGAAGCUGGCAAAGAACAUUGUUGUUUGA